GAAGGGCGUGGCUUUAGCGGGCUCAGGUGUUUACCUGCUGGAGUGUCUGACUGAUGCAGAAACGCCGCGAGGAUCAAAUGAACGAAGCGGAUUUACCGGAAAUAUAAAGUUCUUUUUUUCCACGUUUCUGUGGAUCUGAAAGACAAUGGAAGAUUUUCACCUGAACAACCUGACCUGCAGCAACGGAUCUUUGCUGACAUGGAGGUGUGGCUCAGAGAACGCAGUAUGUGUGGUCACCACCAGUCUGAUGAACACUCACCUGAAUGAGAGCCUGCCGACAGCAGGGCAGCAGACCUACACAGUUUACAACAUGUGGCUGGGCUUGGUCCUGGCACUGCUGUCCGCCUUCCUGAUUGGUGGGAGCGUCAUUCUGAAGAAGAAAGCUCUCCUUCGAUUGGCUAGAAAUGGACAGACUAGAGCAGGAGAAGGAGGUCACGGUUACCUGAAGGACUGGCUGUGGUGGGGAGGUCUUCUAACCAUGGGAGCUGGAGAGUUGUGUAACUUUGCUGCGUACAUGUUUGCUCCGGCCACGCUGGUCACGCCGCUCGGCGCUCUGAGCGUCCUCAUCAGUGCAGUUCUGUCCUCCUACCUGUUGGGGGAGAUGCUGAACAUCGUCGGGAAGCUGGGCUGCUUUCUGUGUGUGCUGGGGAGCGUUCUGCUGGUUAUUCACGCCCCCCAGGAGCAGGAAGUGACAUCACUGCGGGACAUGACCAACAAGCUGCUGGAACCUGGUUUCCUGGCGUACGCGGCGCUGGUGUUGGUGCUCUGCGCCGUGCUCAUCUUCUAUGUUUGUCCUCGGUGGGGGCGCUCCAACAUCCUGAUCUACAUCAGCAUCUGCUCGCUGCUCGGGGCCUUCACCGUGUCAUCGGUCAAAGGGCUCGCCAUCGCCAUCAACACUGUAAUGACAGACCUCUCUGUGCUGACCAACCCGCUCACCUGGAUCCUGCUCUUCACCCUCAUCGCCUCCAUAGUAAUUCAGGUGAACUACCUGAACAAGUCUCUGGACACCUUCAACACCCUGCUGGUGUACCCCAUCUACUACGUCCUCUUCACGUCAGUGGUCCUGUCCACCUCCAUCAUCCUCUUCCAGGAGUGGAGCAGCAUGUCGGCGGUGGACAUCGUCACCACGCUGGGCUCCUUCCUGGUCAUCGUGGUGGGCGUGGCCAUGCUGCACCUCUUCAGAGAAAUGCAGAUCACAGUCAGAGACCUGACCAAUCAGCUGUCUCAAGCUGUGGAGAGGGAGGGGCUUACAGGUGAGGGCUCAGCAGCCAGAAGAGAAGGAGUGCAGAAGAAGGAAGACAAAUACGGACUGAUUGAUAAUGUAGUGAUAGAGAGUCUUCCUCCCAUGAGAGAGGAGGGGCCCAGAGUCUUCAUCAUCAGCUGAUGCACUUCCUGUUGGACUAGAGCUGCAGCUUCACGAUGCUCUGAAGAGACGCUCUUCCUCCUGUCGUCCAUCAUCCAUCCAUCUUCUUCUGUUCAUCCAUCCAUCCAUCCAUCCUCUACUGUUCAUCCAGAGUUGCAGGAACUGCAGUUAAAGGAAACUUCUCAGACUUUUUUCUUCAGAGGAAUCCCAAACCAUCCCAGAGACGUCUCUCCGGCGUGUCUGGGGUCUUUCCAAGAUGCAGAUCUUCAUUGUUCUUCUGGUUUUAGAACCUGAAGUUGUUGAAGCUGUUAAGGUGCAUUCACACCGAACGCGAUUCACACGGCAGAAGCAGAAAGCUCCACUGACAAUCAAAGGAACAGGCGCGCUCUGAGGUGAAUUGAAGUCCCGCGGCGUGAUAUGAGCGACAGGCGUGCCAUGGGAGUCUGCCAGCAGCGCGAUUUGAGCGACGAGGCUUGAAUUGGGCGGAACAGCCGAAACCAAAAUACCUGAAGUUUGACUGGUCCCUUUGUCACAUCAGCCAAUCAGGAACUCAGCUUUGGUCACAUGACGUUUUCAGUGACUCGAUUAGCGGACAGAAUAUUAUUCCAAAGUAAGCGGCUUUGGCGUGAAAUUUCAACUUUUCCAUUAACCUGCUGAAGCUGCAGGUUCUCAGAGCUCAUCCGGCUACAUUUUGGUGAAGGCGGGAAACACUCUGGAGGACAACUUGGCGACUUUUGCUCCCAUGGCGGAGCUCACUCGCUCAAUAUGCCGGCAGAGAGAGAGAGAGAGACGCCGUGGAGGCUGCCGGCUUGGGUCUCAUCGAGACAUUAAAAAAAGGAAAAAUGUCUCUUAACUUGAUUUUACCCCUCGGAUUAAUACGAAACAGAGAGCCUUCAAGCUCAGCCACAGAAACACAGAGACACAGUGGAAGCGGCUGUCAAACAGACCCAACUCCCUGUACCAGGAAAAUCUUUGAAUAAUAAUCAUAUGAACCCAAACAUGGAGACAUGAUUACGGAUGUUUCUGUAGAACUCUACACACUAAAUGAACCUGAUCCAUCAACAUCAUCUGUGUCUUCAUACGUUCUAAGUGAGAUAUCCACAGACAGAGCUGGUAGCUCCUCCCACAUCUGGCCACGGCGUCAGGAACACAUUUUGGACCGGCGGCGAGCAGCAAAUUUGGUGAAAGGGGGGGCGGGGCACGCAAAUUUGUCGCUCAAAUCGCGUUCGGCGUGAAUGCACCGCAAUAACCGGGAAAUAAAAGUAGAGGUUUUGGAGACUUUGGUUUAUUUUCUAAACA